CAUUGUGUAAAAGCGGGAAGUAGUUUCCAAGUUCACUCUGCGGCUGGAGGAAGUGAACUCGCCCUGUUGUGGGAGAUUUGCGCAUGCGCCAGUAACUUCUCGCGCGCUCGCUCGCUCGGGUGGGCGGAGGUGCUGGACACGGGAGCGCGUGGGGGCAGAAUGAGCACGAGCUCCGUCUCCAAGGGCUGCUUUGUGUUUAAACCAAGUUCCAAGAAGAGAAGGAUAUUGUCACCAACAGCUGACUAUUUUAGUCAAGGUAAAAAUGAUUCAGAGGAUAGCGAUCUUCGAUUUGCUACUUGUCAGUUGUUAUGGAAGCAGAUCAAUUCUGAAACAGAGAAAAUACAAGAAGAACUGAAUAAACAAUUAUUUGAUAACCUAAUACGUUUUCUGAGACAAUCUCACUCUGAAUUCCAAACAAAGAAGACAGAAUGGAUGUGUCGGAUGAAAUCCAGUGAAAUUCCUACUGCAGCUCUUGUCCUAGGUGUAAACGUUACAGAUCAUGAGGUGACAUUUAAAAGUCUCUCAGAGGUUCUUCAGGAUAAUGUUACUCCUUAUGUAAUCUCACUGCAAGCCAAAGAAUGCCCAGGCAUAAAACAUCUGCUUCAGAAACUGAUGGGACAGCUAAUGGACUGCUGUGUAGAUUUGGACUCAUCUGAAGAGGAGGAAUGUGUUAACAUUUCCCAGAAAAAGAUACGCUGCUCAAUGGCUUCUCUUUCCAAAUGGUACGAGAGUGUAACAAAGAAAACAGGUUCUGAAACUCCAAGCAAAAAAAGAACUUCCUCUUCCAGGCACUGGCAAUCUCCUCCAAUUGUGGUUAUCUUCAAGGACAUGGAAAGUUUCACAACGAAAGUACUUCAGGAUUUCAUAAUUAUCAGCAGUCAGCACAUACAUGAAUUCCCUCUUGUACUCAUUUUUGGAAUUGCCACGUCUCCAAUGAUCAUCCACAGGUUACUUCCUCACUCUGUUUCUUCUCUGCUGUGUAUAGAGCUUUUCCAGUCUCUUUCCUGCAAGGAGCACCUGGCUACAGUAAUUGACAAGCUACUUCUGACAACUCAGUUUCCCUUUAAAUUAAGUGAGAAAGUGUUGCAAGUUCUAAUCAACAUAUUUUUGUACCAUGAUUUCUCUGUCCAGAACUUUAUCAAAGGAUUUCAGCUGUCUAUUGUGGAGCAUUUCUAUUCCCAGCCCCUCAGUGUGUUGUGCUGCCAGCUCCUGGAAGCUAAGAAGAGAGUAAAUUCUUUACCACACAAUCAGUGUGAAAACAUUCGAAGCCUGCCAUCUUUUAGAAGAUAUGUGGAAAGUCAAGUCUCGGAAAAACAAAUUGCACUUCUGACUGAGGACAGUUUUUUGAAGGAGGUAACACAGACAUUACUGGAAGACUUGCAUAUUUACCAUGAGAAUUAUUUCACAGUUCUGAGAUGUCUUCAUGUUUUCACAACUUCCCUUCCAAAGUACCCUUUGGGCAAACAGAUCAGAGAGCUGCAUUGUGCAUGUUUGGGAAAGAGAGUGUGGGAAACAGAAGAAUAUGAGUCAGCUGUUCAGUUACUAAGGAUGUUGGCUAAGGAUGAGUUGGUGGCCAUACUUCAGAAAUGUGCGGAGAUUUUUAUAUCAUCUUCUGGAAAACAGUUUAGCAACACGGUAGAGAAACUGGAGGAGUUCCUGGCACGAUUUCAAAAUCUGGAAGUAGCAGAAACCAAUGAGGUACAAGAUGUGUCUGUGUCAUCACAAAAGGAACUCCAGAAGAAGACAGACCUCUAUCACCUUCAGAAGACUUUGCUGGCGUUGAAAGAAUCAAAAAGAUCUAAGAAACUAACCAAGUUUGAAAUGCUCCGGUUCGAAGUUGUUGACUUUAUAGACAGCCUGGUAAGAAGUUACCUUGCUCCUGCAGAGAUGCAGACCCUGAACGAGGUGGUGUAUUUCAACACAGCUAACACCCUCCGUGAGCACUUGAAUGCUGCCCCACGAAUUGCUCUUCACACAGCUCUGAACAACCCCUAUUGCUACCUGAAAAAUCAAACUUUGAAAAGUGAUGUUGGAUGCAUUUCUAAUACUGCUCCUGACAUAUGCAUUGUGUAUAAACUUCAUUUGGAGUGCGGCAGAUUAAUAAAUCUUGUUGACUGGUUAGAGGCCUUUUCAACUGUGGUAACAGCGGUUGAAGGAACAGACCCAGAUUCAGUGGCCACAGACCAGGUGGAUGAAAUUAUCCACGCUCGUUUUAUUAGAGCUGUUUCAGAACUGGAACUUUUAGGGUUCAUAAAGCCUAGCAAACAGAAAACAGAUCACGUGGCAAGGCUGACAUGGGGAGGCUGUUAAAUGAUAUAACAAGUUAAGACCGACCAACCAAUGUAUGUACGCUGCCUGUGAAAGUUCAUUAUGGCAUUUGGGGGACAAUGCAGCCCCUGGGACAAAUUAAUUCCUUACAUAACUCUACUGAUGUUAAAGGAGUAAAACCACGCAUGAAUUUGACUUAUGUACUAUAUUUUAAUUGCCAACAAAAUACUACCUCUUUUCUAUACAUGUUUGUAUGGACAAGGAGUCAGCUUUAGUACAUGAUUUAAUAUUCACUCAAAACUGCAAGUUCUGACCCCUGUUCUAUACCAGUUUUCAUCUUCUGUGAUGUACGAUGUGGUUUAGGCUAGGAGGCCAGAAUGAGAUUGUGUUGAAUUUUCUUUUAAUGUGUAACUUUGAAUGCUGAAUGUAAUUUGCUCACAAUCUGGAUUUAAAUGGUCACGUUAUGAAAUGUUCUCCAGAUACUGCAUAUUUUAAAAAAAUAAUUCUGCUGAGAAUUUAAACAACAAGCCUCUGUAACCAGAACCCACUGAGAACUCCCCUUGUGGUGUGCAAUACCAGCCACUCUAAGCAGAACUAUUUGAUGAUCCUGGUGAUGGUACCCUGGGAAGACUUGAAGAAAACUGGGUUUCUGUACUAGAAAAUGAAGGAAGUGUUCCUGAAGGAACAAAAACAAUUGUUCCUAUCCAAUUUGAUAACAUAGCUGGACUGUAAAUAAGACUAUUUCAAAAAUACUCCUUUAGCUAGCCUACAUUAUCAGUUAGAUUUCAUUAUCCACAUAGGAGAAAUGAGAACAUUGCACAGUUGAGUGCUGAAGGAAGGUAAUAAAAUACCCAUUUAAAGUACAAGGUCAUCAUCUCUCCCCCAAAGAUUUGUGUUCAUUGUCUUGGGACAAGUAAGGGAAACAGCUGUGUGGGAAUGUAAUGUUGACAUGAGUUUAUAACUGACAGCUAUUCAGCCACUGCUAUCACAGGAUGGGUGGAACAUUCCAAACCACUUGUGCCCUACGCAAGGAAUGAAACAAGUUUAAGUGUGGGGCUGUCCUAUCCUAGUGAAGUGUAGACAUUAAGACAGAACCACUCCAGAUCACAAACCUACUGAUUCUGAAUUGUUUGUAAAGUGCCAUCAGUCUGGAAGAACAAUGUGGGAGCCUAAAAUAAGGGUACACUGUUUCUCAGCAUUAAAAAUCUGCAAUACAGGAUUGUCCUGAUACAGUAAUCUAUUGUGACUUCUCACCCCAGGAAGAUAAAUAGUUGAAGUAAAUGUGAUUACGUGCAGUGUUUGACUUUUUUUUUUUUUUUUUAAGUUAGAUCUCAGUAUGGAUUGCGUGGGCAAGCUAGCCUACUUCAAAGCAAGGACUAAGGUUAUAUUUUUUCUGAUGAGCUGAUAAAUAGCCCCCAAAAGUAGUCAGAUACAUUCUCAAUGUGGGGUGUGCAAACUUCAGUCCAGAGAGUCUUACUCGUUACUAGGAGCUGCACAGCUAAAGGGUUAUGUAUUUACUCCAAAAGGCCAACCAAUGCUUCCCAGCCCAGCCAGUGGAAAUUUUGACUGGUAAUUGCAUGCAUGCUGUCCAAAAAGACAAAAUCAUAGUUCUUGGGGGCGGGGAGGAGAGAGAGAAUAAACGCCCUUGGUUGCCUUGUUUGAUGAAAUAAUUGCAUUUCUGAAGAACCCACUUGCUCAUAUGCAGAAAAAAAUAAAGCAUCUACACAAUACACAUACCAACAAGGACUAUGUAUGGAGCGAGUGGAUACAUAAUUUAAAAAAAAAAUCUUUGCAGCUCAAGAUAUUGCUAUCCCUCCUUGCCAAAACCUAGAGCUAUAGUUACCUCUCAAACCAGCUCCACUUAAGACUAAUCAAGAAUUGCCUCUUCCCUUAAUGGUACAGUAUCUAGAAACUUUCUCUGCAUCCCAUCCUAAGGUGACAUACACAGUCACUAUGGGGACAGUUGAAAUCCCCCAUUAUUACUGACUUUUCUUUUAAUAGCCUCUCUAAUUGUCUGGAGCAUUUCACCAUCUUGGCCAGUAGUGUAUCCCUAUUGCUAUAGUCUUAUUCAAGCAUGGAAUUUCUAUCCAGAGAGAUUCUAUGGUAGUUUAAUUCCUUUAAGAUUACUGUAUUUGACUUUCACAUAUGCUGCUCCCCAGCAGCAUGACCUAUUGUCAUUCCUAUAUAUUUUGUACUAUAGUACUGCCAUGUCCAAUUGCUUAUUUCACCAAGUCAAAGAUGCCUCUUCUAUCAAUAUCCUCUUUAGUACCAGGCAUUCAGAUUCAUUUGCAUGCAAGCACUUAUAAAAUUUGUCAUUGUUUAGCUGUCAUUAUGUGAUGUAACUGAAUAAGACUCAUUUGACUGUUUCUCUUUAGUUUUUAUCUGUACUUUAUCAAUUUCUCUCCUUACCAGGAUAUACAGAAUUCCCAUUAAUAGACAAGAUCCUCUAAGGGAUGUGUCUGUCUGAACCAUGUGCUCCUCCACACCUGUCACCUUCCCCCCCAGCCCUGUAGUUGUAAAAGAGUUUUUUAAACUUUAAUUUUACAUAUCAGGAAUCUGGUGCCAUCCUUCCCCUAUAGGCUCCUCCUUUCCCAAAAGGCUCUCCUGUUCCUAAUAAAUCUACCCUCCCUUCUCCCUACACCAUCAUCUCAUCCACACAGUGAGACCCUUCAAUUCUGUUCCUAGAAGCAUUUCAGAGAAUGCUACCAUGGAGGUAGUGGACUUCAAUCUCCUUCCUAGCAGCCUAAAUUUUAAGACCACAGUAAUAGCUAUUCCCAUCUUCUUGCCUAUAAACAAUGCAAUAGAUUGUUCCAGCCACCAGGGCUGAAAAUGUAUCACUCCCUUUCAUACCACAUGAAAGAGAGGCUGGGGAACAUAAAUGUUACAUGACAGUUGUGUGUGGUGGGGGGGGGGAGGAGAAUUUGGUAGAACAGGCUUGCUCCUUCCUUGUGCUAUAGCUCUUAGUAAUGGACAGCUGUUUAUAAACUGGUUGCUUGAGUGGGCUAACCCAGCUCCUUAGUGUCAUUUUAUUAAAUGAAAAAAUGGUCACUGCAUUCAACUUAUUUUUGCUUUUGGAUUGUAGGCUACAGCUACAAAAAAGUAUUUAACUCAAGUAUAACAGUGCAGGCCACAAGUCAAUGCCAACAAUCCAACUGCAGGGAACUGGUUUUACAUAACACCUAAGUGGAAUACUCUGCCACAGGCACUUGCACAGAAGCAUGGUGGUUUUAAGAGGUUCCCCACAUCACACUGCAUGUCAUCCCCUGGCCUACUCCAAAAGCUUUGAAAGGUGGAAGACAGGCUUUGCACUUCAAGGGAUUUCGAAUGAAAGAAAAAGGUGUUCAAACACCAAAGAACUAUAUUUAUAGAUUCCAAGACGAGAUCAUUGAUCUCUAAUCUGUAUAACACAAGCCAUAGAACUUCCCCAAAAUAAUCCCUACAGUGUAUCUUUUAAAAAGCACAAAAUCUGCUGUAAAAUUGGCAGCGAUAGAGAAUUCACCAUGACCUUUGGUAUAUUAUUCCAACGUUUGUUUAUAGAAGGCUAAAAAUCCCUACAGCACUACAGCUUGAGGAAAGAAUUGGCAAGACAAAUACCACCCCUAACAUGCAUCUUUCCCGUUGGUUAGUGAUUGAUAAAAUCACAGAAAAUGCCAAUCAGAGGCUCUUAAUUGGUAACACAUUUUUCUCUAACUCCUUUUUAAAUGACUGUACAGUUCCUUCAAGGAAAAGCUCAAGUGUGAAACCAAACUGCAAGAGCCCACCAUGCCUAGGUCAUCACAGCCUUCACAUGCUAGAAAUGUAUCCUAAUAGCACCGAGUUCAGGGAGAAAAGAGGACAAAAAAAUGGCAGCAGCAAAAAAGUCUAGAGAUAGGCUUGGAACAAUUAAUGUAUCGUUAAAUGUCAAUUUCACUGUACACACCCCACUGAAAAUAUAGAUAGGCCAAGUAAAAAAAAUGCUGCUUGAGAACUGAGUUUGAUGUAAGGAUACUUAUUUUGUUUUGGGAUUUAACAGUUAUGCUUUAAUUUUUUGAAUCUCACCAUGUCAUUAAAUAAUUUCCCACAACUGAAAAUUUAAAUGACAGUAAAAAUGUUUAAAACAUACACACCUAUGCCAUCAAUUGUAUUACAAAACCCACCCU